GUGGGGUUAAAAUGAGAAUACCCACAAAAUGAUUUCAUAAACCCGGUGGCAUCGAUUUCUCUCUUUCUCGCAGACAAAAAAGCAGCGAAGAUGGCUAGUGGUAGUUUGAAGAACAUGUUGAGUGCAGCAAUAAAUCAAGGAGUGGUGGAAGCACGAGCCAGGAUCUUCGGCCACCAACUGAACCCCGCUGGCAAAAAAUCGGCUCACAAGGUUCUCCGCAUGAAGCUCUUCGGUGAGAAAGUCGCUCAGUGGUACCCUCACGACAUCAAGAAAGACGACCCUCUUGUCAUGGCCCGUGAAGAACAAGAACGUCUAUCCAAACUUGAAAUGUUGAAGCGACGAGGAAAAGGACCACCCAAGAAGGGCCAAGGAAGGCGUGCUGCAAAACGCAACAAAUAAAUUAUUCUUUCACCUUUCUCUGGAAUCAUAUUGUAGGUACUCUUUUGAGUUAUAGACAAGUAGUUGUUUAUGUGAUGACACUUUUGAAUUUAACUUUUGUUAUCAGAAUGAUAUAAUCCACUUGUCUUUUUCCCGAGUGUAAACUCUAUGCACUUGAGAGUUGAAACCAUUAGCCUAAUUUGGUUGAGGUCUCUGUCCUAUAUGUGCAAUUAAAUUUUCUGAGAUUGAUUCAGUCUACCUUGGAAGGUGGAAAUCUGGAAUGCAAUAACAAGCUUAUAAAGUAGCCAUUUUCUUAUUGA